UUCGCAUUUUCUGCGUAUUUCUAAAUACUGCUUCAACGAAAGUCCUUCGUGCUCCUGCAUUUUGCACGUAAGGAAGUGUCAAGACAGAGCGUAAAAUAGUUAUUGUUUGUAUAUUUUAACACAAAAGCAUAACUAUUAAUAAAUACCGAUAUGCCCCAAGGACGAAGAAAGGUUCCCUUCAGCGGAAAGCAGAAAAAACAACAGUUGUUGGCCAAGAAGCAAGCAAAAUCAAGUACAUCGCACAACAUUAUCCGAAAGUUACGUGAUGAAGAGUCGAGUGACAUCAGUGAAGAUAGCGAUUUUCCUCGGUCGUUUUGCGAAAACAUCGAAAAGAUCAACCUGCAACCGAUAAAAGAUCCGCGCAGCAAAGCAAACCGGUAUGUGUUGCAAUUUCAUCGAGAAACAGGAAAGGAGCUCCGGGAGAUGAAGGAGGAUGCCCUCAAAGCCCUUAUAGCUCUUCGAGAUGAGGACCUCGAAAUAGGGGACUACUAUUUCACAGGAUACGAUUUUCCCAAGCGACCAAAGUGGAACUUCGAAAUGUCUAAAGAGCAGUUGGAUGCGAAUGAGAAUCGCUACUUUUUUAAAUACAUCACUUAUCUAGAAAAAACUCAUUACGAUGACAUGAAAUCGUUGAGCUUUUGUGAGCUGAAUUUGGAAACUUGGCGACAGUUAUGGAGAGUACUCGAGCUCUCCGAUAUAGUGCUAGUUAUUGUAGAUGCCCGUUUUCCGGCGCUAAUGUUUCCUCCUUCAUUUUAUAACUAUGUGACUGAAGAUAUAGGAAAGGGGAUGAUACUAGUCAUCAAUAAAAUCGAUCUUGUGGAACCAGAAGCGGUUUUAGCCUGGAAACGUUAUUUCCAAGAGAAAUACAAGGACAUACAAAUUGUUCUGUUUACAUCGUAUCCAUCGUAUAAUUUGCGUGGGAAACAACAAAAUAAGCAGGGCCUGAAAAUUCGUCGUCGCAAAGGACGGAUGCGAAUGGCCGCCGAAGGUGCACAACAAAUUUUUAAUAUCUGUCGAGAGUACGUAGGCGAUGAGGUGGACCUUAGUUCGUGGCAACGAAAAAUCUUAGAAGAAAGAAACGCUUCUAUGGAGGUGGAUGACGAAGACGAACCUCUGGAGACAGAGGGAACCCACGAAGAAGAAAAAGAUUUCUCAUUUGAAGAACUUACAAAGUUCAAAAAUGGAGUCCUUACUAUCGGAUGUGUUGGUUUUCCUAAUGUGGGUAAAUCUUCCUUGCUGAAUGCUGUAAUGGGUAAAAAGGUUGUCUCAGUUAGUAGAACUCCUGGACAUACUAAACACUUUCAAACUAUUUUCCUCACAAACUCCGUCCGUCUCUGUGACUGUCCAGGGCUUGUAUUUCCUUCAUCUGUACCGAGAAAACUGCAGGUGCUUAUAGGCAGCUAUCCAAUCGCUCAACUACGGGAACCAUACGCUUCUGUUAAAUAUUUGGCCGAAAGAGUAAAUUUACCGGCUCUCCUGGCUUUAAAACACCCGUCAAAUGAUGCAUCUGAAGAGUGGUCCGCCAUUGACGUAUCUGAUGCUUGGGCGAUCAAGCGAGGUUUUCUUACUGCAAAAACUGCACGCCCUGACACUUAUCGAGCAGCAAAUAGCAUUCUGCGAAUGACUUUAGAUGGAAAAAUAACGCUUUCGCUGAAACCAGUUGGGUAUCAUCAGCUACUAGAACAAUUGCAAUCCGAUCCUGAGCUUGCGUCGGUUCGGGAUAUACAAGCGUUGGCUGACACCAGUGAUAAAGAAGACGACGAUGACUUGCUAUCCGACACAGAUACGGAGGACCUGGCUGAAGCGGCAAGCAACGAUGCAGAUAAUGAAGAAGACGAGGAAGGCAACUCCACUUUGUCACCAGUUGGUUCCAGUGCUCAGAAUCCAUUUUCACUGCUUGGUAGCCCAGAGUAGAACUGAGGUGGAAAAAUUUAGUAACUAACGUAAAAAAACAAUAUGCGCUUUUUCAUAUCAUACUUUAUUGGCUCGUUGAAACGAGUUAGACGAGAGGAAGAUAAGUUUACUACCGGUCAGAUGGCACGCGUUUGUUACAUAUUUAUUGUUAUGUCACGAUUUAUAUGUCUCUUGCAACCUUAGAAAAAGUACUGUAUUUUGUCCUUUUGCAAUAAAGCUGCAGCUCAGAGUUUUA